AUGGCGGCGCCGGGGACGCUGAAUCUGGAGGGCACGCACACGUGGGGGUCGCGGAGCAUCGACGAGUUUGAGAAGCUGGAGCAGAUCGGCGAGGGCACCUACGGGUACGCGCGAGGAGAGAUGGGACGUACGGAUGGUCGCGCAGGCGUGGGGAUGAAAGGGGCACGCGGGCAGGUGUACAUGGCGCGGGAAAAGAACACGGGCGAGAUAGUGGCGCUGAAGAAAGUGCGCAUGGACAACGAGAAGGAGGGGUUCCCCAUCACAGCGAUCCGCGAGAUCAAGAUAUUGAAGAAGCUCAAGCACGAGAACAUUGUCAACCUCAAGGAGAUCGUCACCUCCAAAGCGGAGGAGAGCAACAAGUUCAAGGGCAGCAUCUACAUGGUGUUUGAGUACAUGGACCAUGACCUCACCGGCCUCUCCGACCGCCCUGGCAUGCGCUUCUCCGUGCCCCAGAUCAAGUGCUACAUGAAGCAGCUGCUCACGGGGCUGCACUUCUGCCACAUCAACUCCGUGCUGCACCGCGACAUCAAAGGGUCCAACCUGCUCAUCAACAACAAGGGUGUGCUCAAGCUCGCUGACUUCGGCCUCGCGCGCUCCUUCAACAGCGAGGCCAGCGGCCAGCUCACCAACCGCGUCAUCACCCUUUGGUACCGGUGA